AGAAGACCUCUUAUAAAUACCGUGGCUCAACGUUUCUUCUUUCUCUUUAGUCAGCGAACCUCUGUGAGAUGAUGUAUAACAUCAUGUCCUUCUCAGAAAGUCGCUUUGUGAUUGCUUGCAUAGAUUCCAGUCCACCUCAUGAUGGCAGUGUUGAGACACGUGGCUUCGGAUGAUUCGCGCCAUUGGCGUUGUACGUGGACAUCUUAGUUUAAUGCGUCGGCUAUAAAUCGCAUUGAACUCGAUUACGAGUUAAAUUGGAGUUUAAAGCCCAUUUAGAUGAGCACAUGACUACAACAGAAAUGGAAACUCUUUUGUCAAAGCCUGGUGAACUGACUUGUGGCAUUUUAAGAUGUAAGAAGACCAAGAAGUCCUUCUGGUGGUGUACUUUUUUUGGAAUAUGAUCUCUUGCUUUUGCAUGGAUGUCAACUAAUAUGCAAAAGUAACUUUGGAAGUUUAAAUGGUGCAGAGUUUGAGAUUUCUAUUUGGAUGUUUGUAAUGUCUAUCAAUAAAAGUGUGAAUAAACCUUAACUUGUGAUGUGUAGCUGAAUAUUCUUUUGAGACACUAGCGUGGUGCCUCACUUCGUUGUAGUCUUAACUUCAACUGAUCAGUUGACGUGCACAUCAAGAAGUGCUUAUAUAUACCAAUACGAGUCUUAAGAUCUUAAUUUAAUAGAAAAUGGCAUGCGUCCAACAUGUAGAGAUUGGGCCGUUGAGCUAAUAGACAAUGCUUUGCAAUACCCUCCAUCCUACACGGAUGAUCCACUCGUUUCUGCAGGAAGACCGGGUUUCCGAAACGGUUACAUGCUCCCAACUUCCGGUCUAUUGCUGAUGCUCGCUUCGUUGUAUAGUUCAGUUCAUCCCCCGAAUGAUUUUUCGGAGCGAGUUUUCAUAGAUUCGAGUGUGUCUGAAAGACGAGCUCUUCGUAUUAGCUCCGAAUCAAAUGUACGACGUUUUCACCUAAACUCGCGCAACUGUUGGAUUUAACGUUACGCGUUUAAAUGAAACUUGUAAGAUUUAUGAACAAUCGUGCACCAUCAAAUAAGAGAUAUCAGCCAACAGAAUAUGAGCACGCUGCUAACUGUGCAACACAUGCGCUCUGGAUCAUUCCCAGCAUUGUGGGUGGGAUUUUGCUGUACCUCUUAUCUGAUGACCACUGGGAGGAGAUUUCAGCAUGGCUGUAUGGAGCAGGACUAUCAAGCCUUUUCAUCAUAUCCACAGUUUUCCACACUGUCUCCUGGAAAAAGUCUCAUCUCCGAUCAGUUGAGCACUGUUUCCACAAGUGCGACAGGAUGGUGAUCUAUUUCUUUAUUGCAGCAUCCUACACACCAUGGCUGACACUGAGAGAUCUGGGUCCAUGGGCUGCCCACAUGCGCUGGGUGGUCUGGGUAAUGGCCUCUGGAGGAACUGCCUACGUCUUCUUCUUUCAUGAAAGGUUUAAAGUUGUAGAGCUGAUCUGUUACAUAGCAAUGGGUGUUUUCCCCGCUCUUGUCAUCCUCUCUAUGGCAGACAGGUCCGGUCUGUGUGAGCUGUUGGUUGGUGGUGGGUGUUAUGUGUUGGGCAUGGCGUUCUUUAAAAGUGAUGGAAUAGUGCCCUUUGCCCAUGCUAUAUGGCACCUCUUUGUUGCAAUGGGAGCAGGCAUCCAUUAUUAUGCCAUCUGGAAGUACCUGUACACACCUGUCAAUCAACCAACCAGUACGGCCCGGUGACACACAUAUGCAUACACCUAACCACAAAAUCAUUUGAAUAUAUAUUUGCCAGUGAAGUGCUAAAGUUCUACUUAUUUUUUCUGUUGUGUUUUUGCUAGCGGAUGGUUUGACUGAUGUAAUUCUUGUCACUUAUUAAUAGGUCUUUAACUAGCACAUACAACAGAGAUUACAUCUAGCCUUUGUGAGACUACAGGCUGCAGGGGUCAUUUUGGACCUGAGACCGUGUGCAAUCCUGUGACUGAUAAAGGAUCCAGAACAAGAACGUUUCUAGAAAAACUAUGGACGUAUUACACGAAGGUUUACAAUUUUUUUAAAGGUUCUGCAAAGGUAAAAUCACUGCCAGAUAUUUUUAAAAACACUCAACCUGAGUUGUGUUUCCCAAAAGCAUCACUAGCUAUCUAUGUUCACAAGUUGCAUUGAAUUUAAUUGGAAACAACGGAACUUGCAUCCAUAAUUGCUUUUGGGAAACACACCCUCGGUUAGUAAUUUACUUGACUACAGUUUAAAGGUAUUUCUGCAAUGUUUUUAAACCGAUUUGAGAUUUAUUCUGCUAAUUCUGCCACUGCCAGUGUGGAGAUGUUCUUAUUUAUGUCAGAAAUAUGAGAACAUUUCAUAUUACUGUACACAGUAUCAAUUCUCCAUGCUUCUAGUCUAGUGCUAGUAUGUUGCAUUUUGGGGGGUGUAAUGUCUUUGGAAAAUGCCACAAGUGCUUGAAGACAAUGUCCAGGAAAAGAUUUGCCUGGACAGGUCAUCUGAUUUCAUGGUUUAAUGGAAUAUAUUAUGAUUGUGCACUGUUUUUUUUUUUUUUUUAAUUGUCUGGUAACUUUAAAGUGUGCUUCAUGGUUAUGUCUAUUAAUUGGUUUUAAUCAAGUCAAAAUAUUGUUUAAUAAUAAUACUAAAUGACUGAAUCAACUUGUCUACGUUAUAGGUGUACACCAACAAAAUACUUUUGAAGGUUAGGUCAUACAGAAAUAGCUCACUUUUUACAGUUUUAACAGUAUAUUGAGAGUUGCACGGGGCCAAUUUUUUGGCUUUUGCCCAUUUUUACUGCAUUCCAUUUCAGUGACAAUCUAAAAGUGUUUUUAUCUUAGAUGUUAUUUAUUAAUUUCAAAUUACAGCUGCUGUUGAUGUUGUAUUAAUGGUCAUUUUAUAUGAGCGCUUAAUAGGGUAGAAAACAUAAACACUUAGAGAAUGAAAGUGUCAUUUAAAGUUUUCACAAACAGGAGUAAAUACUACAUUUUGUCAGAUUCACCUCAAAUUAGUUUGAGAGUCACUAAAGACUUCCAUACCUGCAUUUUUUUCUUCUUUAAAAUGAAAUGAUUAGGCUACUCUUUCUUUUUUUUAUGUAGGCAUGUUUCCAUAAAAAGGGAAAUUGCUACUUUUUGUCUCACAAUUUUGACUUCUUCUCUUGUAAUAGAAAUAAAAAUAAAAUACUCAGAAUUGUGAGAUAUAUACUUAGAAUUGCCACUUUUUGUCUUGCAAUUCCAAGUAUAUAUCUCACAGGUCUGAGUUUGGAGCAACAUGAGAAUGUGGAUGAUGGCGGUAUUUUCACUUUUGUUAAAACUAUAAUACACAGUUAGCACACUUACCAUCUUCCCUUUAGUGUUUACUGGUCAAGGUUUGUAAAUUAGUUUAGUCAUCUGUUUAUUUGACUGAUCAGCCAAAGCAUUUGCUCUCAGGGUUGCCAUCUCAGUGGUUGGUACCAUCACUAUUUCUUAAGCAUUCCAUUGUUGGUGCACUGCACUCCCUUAGGCCAUACAUAUUUUAAUAACUGUUUAACACUGAAAAUAAACUUGAACAUUAUAGAUAGUAUUUUUAAUCAGGGCUAAUAAGUGAUCAGGGGCAUGUAGGUUGUUACAGCUACAGAUUGUCAAGUCAAGUUUAACGCAGAAACAACAAGUCUGCCAUUUUUACCUCUCAGACUACUAAACUGAAGUCUAAACUAAACAGGUAUUUCAAUUUGUAUGGCCUUUACAAUCAUAUAAAACUCUUAAUAAUUACCAGUUGUAACAUAAUUUUUGAACAGAACCUGUAUUUAUUGUUUUACAUCUUAAAAUAAUAGUAUUUAAUGUAUUGUGAAUGUAAGUGUUUGGUCUGUAGUUGUAAUCUAUGUGUAGACAAGCUACAAAUUCAUUAUAGUGUUGAUAUUUAUGUUUCCUGUGCUAAGAUUAAGCAUUUCGCAUGCAUCUCUUUUCGAUAGAGAUGCUAUAUUUGAUGAUGAGUGAAUUUCAACAGAAAUGUGUAUGCUAUUGAAACACCUCGCCUUAGUAAGUGAGCAUCUGUUUACGCUUUUAGUGUUGCAACACUCUGUCAGGUACGUUUUUGCUCCAUUAAGGAUUUAGAUGAUAGUAAGGGCUGUUUGUGACUUAAAGCUGCGGUAGGGAACUUUUGACGCUCUAGCGGUUAAUAAACAGAACUGCUUGCGUCUUGCGGAAGAAUAUCGUAGCCGGAACUACUUCUCUCUGUUUAUGUCUAUGAAGAAUCACAAAGGUACUGGGUUACUCCACCGCGAUAUCCCAGGAGUAAUCUAAAAUAGUCCAAAUAUAAACACUUAUUAUAGGUGUACCCUAGUGAUUCAGGACAAGCUAAAAACACAGUUUGGAAAAUGGAUUCAUGGUGUACUCGCUUAUUAUAUACAUUUUUCUACAUUUUUAACACAAACAAAGUUACGGCCCGCGGCUCUGAUUGGUUGAUUUCUUACCGGGAGCGGUCUGUAACUGCAAAUGGCAAUAGGACCACUGGGAGGAGCCAGAGGAGCUUGAUUUUUUUCACAGAUUAUCUGUCUCAUAUUCUACUGUCAGGACAUAAUGAUAGGUUUAAUAAAUAUGUAAAAAAUAUUUUUUUUACAAAAGUUCCCUACAGCACCUUUAAGUGAAUAAGGUUUCAGUUUGAACUUGAAAUUGCUUGUGCUCUCUAUCUUGUCUAGGUAUAAUAUCUAAAUCUAUACAUUUUUGAACCCAAUGAGUUUAUGUAUGUUUCUAAAUUAUUUAAGACUUCUGUUAUUCUGUUGUAUUAAUUGUUCAGAUUUUACCAUUGUUGACUUUUUUUUUUUUUUUUUUUUUUAUAUGUUUAAGUAUCUUUGUUUGGUGUAUUAUGCUUUAUGACAAAGUGUUUGCUUGGAGGUUUAUGAAGUUUACAUCCAGUAUACAGCUUUCACUGCCAGUCAGCCUGAGAUGAAUACAUUUAGAUUUCCUUUGACCUAUAGUUUAGUAAAAAAAAAUAAUAAUAAUAUGGAAACUCAUAUGAUGCAUGCUGAAUGUAUAAAAGUCCUUCUGCAUACUUUUGAGUCACUAUAGAAUAUGCUGGAUGACUGGUGGUUUUAACAUGUUAAAAUGUUUAAAAGCAUAUGGUUUACUUCUGACUCAAAGCCAAAAUAAAAUGCACUGCAACCAAAUUAUUGCACAAUUUAAUGCUGGUCUUUCCUGAAAAAUCUUACUUAAAUGAUGUAUAAUGUAGAAUUUGGCAAAGUCUGUUCAUGAUACUUGAUGUACCAAACUUUCAUACAUCAGGCUGCCUACCUGUCCUUGAGUUUUGAAAAAUAAUAAUUCAGUAAAAUGACUGAAUCUUCUAUUGAAACCGAAUCCACUUGAAACCUGGCCCUGAUCUCACUGUAAAUAUCAUUUGUGCCUUUUCUAGUUUGGGUAUGUUUCAGAACAGUUCAAGGCUUUGUGUUGUUAGCCAUUCAGCUGAUUUACUCUGCAUUAAAAAGUGAAACUUUCACAUGAAGGUAUUUGUGAUUGUGAUUUUGUGGCAAUGUUUGUAUAUUGCCCCAGUUUUUGUAUUUGUAUUAAGGCCAUGUUAUUUCAUACCAAUGCUUUUUAUCAAGGAAAAGUCCUUCUCUCUGAAUCAUUAUUUCAGUCCUGCAUUCUGUGUAUUUUGUAUGUCUGUGGGUUGAUCAAUAAAUGCUAAGAAUGAGAAAAAAAGCCUUUCAUACCAUUGUAAUUUUAUACAAGCUUUUGAUCCGAUUAUUUAUUACAACGUUUAAGCCUACUUGUAAUACUUUUUACUAUAAGUCACAGUUAAUGUUGUGUACAGUCAUGUUAGC